GCGCUGCACGCACCGGCUCUGGGCGGGUCCUGCGGUGGUGGCAAGGCUCCUCCUCCUGCUGCUCCGCCUCUUUCCCCACUCCAUCUGGACCUACUCCUCGGGUGCUCUCGCGCAAACUGUUCUCCUCUGGGUCCCCUCCGUCCGCUCCCAGCAAUGGUGGCCUGGCGCUCGGCGUUCCUCAUCUGCCUCGCUUUCUCCUUGGACACUCUGGUCCAGAGAGGAUCCGCGGACUUUGAUUUUGAUCUGAGUGAUGCAUUGAAAGAAACUUCCUCAGUAAAGCAGCGAUGGGACCAUGUCACUACCACAACCAAGAGGCCUGGAACGACCAGAGCUCCGGCAAAGCCUGCAGGUGAUGAUUUUGACUUGGCUGAUGCUUUGGGUGAUCGAGAUGAUGGCCGCAGAAAGCCAAGUGCAGGAGGAGGAGAGCGAUGGGACCAUGUCACUACCACAACCAAGAGGCCUGGAACGACCAGAGCUCCGGCAAAGCCUGCAGUUGAUGAUUUUGACUUGGCUGAUGCCUUGGAUGAUCGAAAUGAUCGAGAUGAUGGCCGCAGGAAGCCAAGUGCAGGAGGAGGAGGUUUUUCGGACAAGGAUCUCGAAGACGUAUUAGGGGGUGGUGACUACAAACCAGACAAGGGUAGAGGUGAUGGCCGGUAUGGCAACAAUGAUGACUCUGAAGCUGGAAUGUCACCAGAGACCGGCACCAUUGCUGGUGUGGCCAGUGCCCUGGCCAUGGCCCUGAUUGGUGCCGUUACCAGCUACAUCUCCUACCAGCAGAAGAAGUUCUGCUUCCGCAUCCAGCAUGCAGCAGAAGGUCAAGAGGGUCUCAAUGCAGACUACGUGAAGGGAGAGAACCUAGAAGCUGUUGUGUGUGAAGAACCUCAAGUGAAAUGCUUAGAACUGCCACCACAGUCCGCGGAGCCACUGCAGCCCCAGCCGCCUCGGAUCUGAGGGUCCCUUGCAGCAGCCACUCACAGUGGUCCUGCCACUGAGGACCAAGAUCCUUAUUUCAUUUGGACCCGCAGCUGCUGUACUGUUCCUUUGAUAUCAUUGGCUUCUCGUUGUUCUUAAGUUUUCUGGAUGAGCUCUUGGUGUUUGUGAGUUUGGUUUCUGUGCCCUGCAGACAGGAUGGUGGUGCCCUCCCUGCCACAGAUACCCUGAAAUCCAGCCGUGGGAGCUGCUGGGUCACCCACUCCCCAAAACUAGACAAUCCCAGGCCUUAGUGAGCUGGGGAGGGGGACCAAGCUGAGAGAGGCCAAGAGGACACUUGUGCUUAGGGGACAAGAUACUGACCACAGGGUAGUGUGGUUCCUGACUCACUGGCGGAUUUCUGCCAAAAGGCAGCCCUAGUGUGACCCAGAGAACAAUCAGGGGGCCCAGCUAACAUACGGUGCUUAGAGCCCCUGCAAGGAACGAAUUAGUGAACACCAGGUAACACGGCACACACGACACCCAGGGUGGAGGUGGGGGGUCAUUUCUGUCCUUUCCAGUUCCAGCUUUGACACUCACUGCUGGGCUUCCAGAGAGCUGGUCCAUGUGGAGACUUUACAUUUUACAUUUAUUUAAUUGCAAAAAUGCAUGCCAUGCUAGUCCUGCCCUCAGAGUUUAGGAAUUUUCUAGACAAGUACAAGCUGUGACUCUCAAGUCUAAUUCCCAUCUGAUUCCAUAGGGGACUGGAUGUGGUCUCCAGGCUGACAUGAUUAGUUUUUAGGAAUCAUUUAUGUACUAGAAAUGAAUUUAUCCCCCUUCUUGUGUUCUUAUUUGGUAGCAAAAGAUACAGACAUCAAGAAUGAGCAUCAAAGCCAGAAGCAUGCUUGUUGUUUGCUUAGAAAUAUAUUUGAGGGGAAGGGGAGGGGAGAAGAGGGAAGGGAUGUUUGCUUGGUUUAGUGACAUAUGCCUGCCUUGGCAAGUUUAUAGAUAUACUGUCUGGCCUGUUGAUGAUGAGCACUGGGGGCCUGCUCACUGUGGGAAACACCAGAACCCAGGGACUGGCUCCUCACUUGACCUGGCACUAUCUUAUUGGGGCUGGAGCAGAGCUGACUUCCUGGAAUGUUCUCUUUGGCCCACAUGUGGUCCUGUUUCUGGGAGCUCUGCUGUCAGAGGCUGAGCUAGAGUAUAGAGUCACUGUCUACUGAUAAUAAGUUUGGAGUGUCAAAAGUUACUCCCUGAGAACAUAACGAAGGUCAGCAGGAAGAUAGGCUCCUAUUUACACAAGUUCAUGUGCCUCUGCCCUGCACAGGAGGCCCCACCAGUCUCCCAGGCUCUGUGUUAGCUCCUUGUCUGCUGAGCUGGGAGAGCCAACUCCAACUUAAGGAAACAGUUGAAAUCUGAACAGAUCCCAUAGGUUAUCUAAUGCAUGCCUCCUGUGUUCAUUUAUGCACUUGUUUUAAAAACAUACUCCAUUGUGUGAUGGUAAUCAGUCCAGUUGGAUUGUGUGGCUCAGUGCUGCCCUUCAGAUCCAUUCCCAAUGCAGGCCUGCAGGUCCUAAAAUGCCUUCUGUGUGGAGGUACCUCCCAGUCAGGCCAGGGGUAUGUGUCUUUGAAGGGGCGUGGAGCACUGAGGACACUGGAGGAAGGAAAAUGUGGCCUCCCCAUGUUCCAAGAGAUCGAGCAGGGGAGUCAUUGCUUGCAAGGUAUGCCUGUUUCUAACACCUCCCAGCCCUUCACUAGCCAGAUUGUUGUCAACUUUGCCCGGCUUCCCCAUCCCAACAAUGACAAGAACUGAUGGCCUGAAUCCCUGGCCAGUGCUGGGCUGGAGGCAGCUAUGAAGGAUUUUUGCAUCUAUGGCUUGUUGCUACGUAGAUAGGUUGACCUCAGGACCCAGGGACAGCCAGUGUCCUAAGGACAUGAGUCAGAGAGGGAUUGUGUUAGGAUGUCUGAGCACCAAGGCCCUCCUGAGGCCUUUAACGGGGAAAAAAAGGGCCAGUGUUUGCAUGUGAUUAAAUACUCUCUCCCUGCCACUGGGAACUGUGGCCAUUUUAUAGAGAAGUCAGUCACAGCAGUGAGUAGGAUGAGGAGUGAUGUGGCCUCAUCAUUGAUGUUUCUUUUUUUAAAAAAUAUAUUUUAUUGAUUUUUUUACAGAGAGGAAGGGAGAGGGAUAGAGAGUCAGAAACAUCGAUGAGAGAGAUACAUCGAUCAGCUGCCUCCUGCACAUCCCCCAGUGGGGAUGUGCCCACAACCCAGGUACAUGCCCUUGACCUGAAUCGAAACUGGGACCCUUCAGUCCGCAGGCCGACGCUCUAUCCACUGAGCCAAACUGAGGCUUGUGAUGGCAAAGAACCUGCACCCCUCCAUCUGGGAUGAGAAGUCAACACGCUCUGUAAAGCCACAUUCUGAGCAGCACUGACUUCAGUUGCCAAACCCAUUCUGUUCCUCCCUAGCUCUCGGGGUGCCUUCUGCAGAAUGAGUGCUCAAACCUGCUGCUAGUGGCUGGCCAAGCCUGGAAAGUCACUCAGAGCUGUCAACCCAGGUGGAGUACUGAUACUUGCAGAAGCCUAUGGGGCUUUUGUAACUAUGUGAUUAUCUGAAAGUUGCAUUGGCUGGUGUGGGCCUCUCUCAGAUGAUAAGGGAGAUAAAGUGAGUGAAUUAGAAGGGCCAGUUGAAAAGAGCCAAUCUGUAUCAGCUUAACGUGGUGGGCAGGUUGGGUGGGAGCUGGGGUGGGGUGGGCAGAGCUGGCUCAGUGUUAUUAACAGCACGUGGAGGAAGGAGACAUGGCAGUUUUGUGGGGUGGAAUACCCUCUCAGGUCAGACCCAUAGAACAGUGCCAGUCCACUGCCUUGGCUACUUGAUUUGGGAGUUAGUAUCAGUUCUCUGAGGAAGAAGAAAUAGAGACUGAUCAAGACCCCAGUACUUUUCAUGUGCUUGUAUUUAAGAGUGAAUUGUAAACUGUCUCGUCUUUGCAUUAAACAAAAUGGAACCUAA